AUGGGGACGGUUGCCUGGUCAUCUAAAAAUGAAAUCGAUGAUCAAAGUGAUGAAGAAGGUAAAAGUGACAUAUAUGUUCGAGGUGCACUUAUUCCUCCUCAAAUUCUUGCAGAAAUUUUAAUCAGAGUUAAUAAUUCUCGUGAUAUUGGCUACGUGUGUCCUCUGGUUUGUCAUCGAUGGUACAGUAUUUUAUCCGCUCCGGGUUUCUGGAUCAAUUAUAUGAUAUACCGAUCACUGGAUUUGCCUCCCAGUUUCUUACGAAGUGAACCUUCACUGAAUGUCAAGAAAGUUUCUUUAAAGCAGGCUUUCAGAAGAAAUUUGAUCAGCAAUCCUAGUGGCGACGAUGGAUCUCUUCGAAACUGGGAAUUGGGUGAAUAUGGCGGUGAUGGAUUCGAAGUCGAAAGACCGCCAAUGGGUUGCAUGUACCCACUGGAAGAUAUACCCGUUGCAUUUGCGACAAGUUUUGGGUGGUGUAGUAAAUUUCAAAUUAUUGAUUUAUGGAAGGAGGGAAUUGAGCACGCUUUUUUGGAUGAAUUUUGUCCACCAAUCACCGUUUCGGAGUACUAUACUUGUCGUUUCGAUUGUACAUCAAUAUAUGUAUUGGAAGUCCACCUGCUUCCUCAUGGAUCUAUACCUUUGGGAUUUAGACCAAUGCUGGGAACUAUUAUCUGUUCUCAGUACCGCCGUCUUGAUCGAGAACAUAAUGUGGAUGAUGAAACAACUGAUACUUCAAUAACCCGAGUUCGUAUAUUGAGAGAGGUUGAGUGGCAAAAGAUUGAACAUACAUUUUCGAAUUAUCCUAGUGGCAUCCGUUACGUGUUAUUUCAACACAGCGGAAAAGAUCAACAAUUUUGGGCUGGACAUUACGGUUCAAAAAUGGCUAAAGCUUCCGUUAUUGUAAAUUAUGGUAAUGGAGAACGAAGAUUUGUACCUUGA